AUGCGACCCGACAAGAUUGGAAAUAUCCAACAGGAAGAAAUCAAGACAUGUAGAGAAGAACUCACCGUUGAUGAAGUAAUAAAAAAUGAAAGAAUAGUCAUUGUCGAGACUAUCUUAUAUCAGCUGCUGCUCUUUGACGUGCCGACGCAACCACGUCUUCCUGCUCCAUCGGCGGUGUCCUUGCACUAUCAUGACUUCAUUGCACUAUCCGCUAACAUCACGGCAACGUGGCUACUAAGGCUCUGA